AUGGCAGGGUUCUCAAUGUUUUUGCCAUUGGGAAGCAACUCAAGUUUUAACCUGGAGAAAGCAGUGUGCAACCAUGGCUUCUUCAUGAUGGCUCCCAACCGUUGGAUUCCAUCAUCAAAAACACUCCAACGUCCACUGAGACUUGCAGACUCAACUACUUGUGUCACCGUUUCGAUCUUACAUCCGCCUAAUCGGACCUCUCUCCUUGUUAGAGUUCGCGACAUUCAAAACAUCUCGUAUACAGAUCAACGUGCUAUACUGAACCAAGUGGCUCGAAUGCUAAGGAUAUCUGAGAGAGAUGAAAUGGACAUGGGGGAAUAUCAGAAAGUGCAUCCAGAAGCGAAAGAGAAAGGCUUCGGUCGAGUUUUCCGGUCGCCUUCUCUCUUUGAAGACCUUGUCAAGUGUCUUCUUCUCUGUAAUUGCACGUGGUCGAAUACAUUGAAGAUGGCUCGAGCUCUCUGUGAGCUUCAAUUUGAGCUAAGUAAUAAUGAAGCUUCAGCUAGGUCCGGACAAAAGAGGAAGAGAGAGACGUCAAAUACAUGGCCAUGCAAAGUUAUGAAUCAAAUGGAUGGUGGGAUUUUAGGCAAUUUCCCAACUUCAAAAGAACUCGCUGGCCUUGAUGAGAAUACUUUAAUCAACGACCAUAAAGUUCUUGGGUACAGAGCAAAACUCAUUCUAAAACUUGCUAGAGAUGUGGAGCGUGGGACGAUACGACUUCAUGAGUUUGAGAAAGCCCUCGACGACAUGUCGUUUAACCAGGAUCAAGUGUUUCGGAGACUCAAGAAGAUCAAAGGGUUUGGUUCAUAUGCAUGUGCCAAUGCAUUGAUGUGCAUUGGAUAUUAUCAGCACGUUCCACUCGAUACUGAAACUAUAAGACACUUACAAGAGGUUCGUGGGAGGAAGAAUUGCGACAAAAAGACCGCCAGAAAAUAUGUGGCAGAAAUUUAUGACAAAUAUGCACCAUAUCAGUGCUUGGCAUACUGGUUGGAGCUCUUGGAUUUCUACGAAAGCAAAUUUGGGAAGCUAAGUGAAUUACCCAGCUCAAGCUAUGAAACAGUGAGUGGCAGCAGGGACGGAGCCAUUUACAAGUCUGCAGUGAAAUUCCUGUAA